AGUAACAGCCUCUCUAUUUCAAGUCAGUGGUAGAGUUUCAACUGUGAAUUAUGGAGCUAAACACUGCCUACAAAGUUGCGCACUCCAGCAAGAGAAGAGAAACACAAGCCAUUGCAUUGCAAGGAAACACUGCCUACAAUAUCUAUCCUACCCAAGAUAAUGGCUACACUAUGGUUGAGAACAAUGAGAGAGAAACGUUUGCAUCGAAAAAUAACACAGCCUAUGCAAUAAACAGAGAAGUGUUUACAACAGAAACUAAUUCCACCUCCGACGUUCUGAGCAAUACAAACAAAAAAAGGCAAGGAUGUGCUAAAAAUGGAUGUACUAAGAAGUGGUUUGCAAUCUUUACCGUCCUAGCUAUUGCUUUUUCGUCUCUGUUAGUAGCUGUGGCAGCACUUGUGUACACCAAUAUAGUGUUAAAGAACCAGGAGGAUCAGUCAAUGACGGAACAACUAAAUAACCAAUCCAGCACAAUUGAGCCUUUUAAUCUUGGAACAAUCAACAACCCAGCAAGCUCUUGCAGUGACAUAUCUCAAGAUCGAUCAUCUGGAGAAUACUGGAUUUCCCCUGACACUAGCUCUCCUGUUCAGGUUUACUGUGACAUGAAUCGAACAAGCUGUAGCUGCAACACUGCAGGAGGAUGGAUGAGGGUAGCCAACCUUGACAUGACUGAUCCUAACCAAAACUGCCCAGAGGGAUUGAGACUGGUAACCAGAACAGAACCACCAUUGCGUACUUGUGGCCGAAUAGAAGGACCAGCACGAUGUGUGUCUACUACCUAUUCAACUUAUGAGGUGGAGUACUCAAAAGUUUGUGGUCAAAUCAUUGGAUAUCAAAGUAGUACUUCAGAUGCUUUCGAUCAAUUCUUCAAAAACAGAUCUUUAUCUAUUGAUGAUGGUUAUGUUGAUGGUGUGAGCCUAACCCACGGACAGUUGCCUCGUCAGCACAUCUGGACAUUUGUUAAUGCAAUCGAUGAAAUUCACUCCAAUGAAUUAGUAUGUCCUUGCACAAGACCUGACCUCCCCUACACUGGAGUUGUACCUCCCUUCAUCUGUCAAGACUACUUCUGUGAAACUGGAAGCCAGCAAAAACAUACAUUUACUUUCUACCCUGAUGAUCCACUCUGGGACGGUCAGGGAUGCGGGGGUACCAGUACUUGCUGUGAGUUCAACAAUCCACCGUGGUUCUGCAAACAACUUCCUCAACCAACUACAGACGAUAUCGAGUUGAGGCUUUGUUCUGAUCAAAGCAUUUAUGAUGAAGAGACACCCAUUGAGAUAAUAGAGAUGUACGUACAUUAAAAUAGACAUAUUGAAUC